UCCAACCAUACAUCUACUUCAUAGUAGAACGUUGCCUCCGCGGGAUGCUCUGGCGUGAUCUCAAGGUAUGGCAAGUAUACGGCGCCAAUACAGACGUCGGUAAGACAAUUGUAUCGACCAUACUGUGUCGAGCUCUUCAGCGCCGAGCAUCACCGAAUGGACUGUUGUACCUAAAGCCAGUCUCCACCGGUCCCCAGGCCGAGGCUGAUGACAGGCAUAUCAGACAUCAUGUGCCAGGCAUCGUCUCACAGUGCAUUUCACAAUUCUCAAAGCCGCUGAGCCCUCAUUUGGCAGCCCAGUUGGACGGAGAUGCUUCGAUAGCAGCAUCCGAUCAUGACAUCGUCAGAAAGGUCAAAGACCAUCUCGCCAAGCACAGUCAAGCUGGAGGACGAUAUGCUAUCCUCGAGACAGCUGGGGGAGUCCUAUCCCCAGGCCCAUCCGGCUCAGUGCAAGCCGACCUGUACAGACCACUAAGGCUACCGACCCUCCUUAUUGGUGACAGCAAGCUCGGUGGCAUUGCCACAACAAUAUCAGCCUUCGAAUCACUUCACAUUCGCGGCUACGACCUCGAGUCGCUCAUCGUUUUCGAUGAUCCUCAGUGGGGCAACUACGGCUAUCUAGAGAAGCAUUUCUCUAGACACGACAUUCCGACGGUCGCUCUGCCUCUCCCUCCACCGAGACGGCAGGAUCCCAGAGACGAUGAGGCUGUACUCUCGGACUACUAUCAGGAAUGUGCCGAAUCGACAGCUGUCACCAGCCUAGUCGACCACCUCCACCAAAAACAUUUCUCGCGCACCUCCAAACUCACUUCUAUGCCCUCCCAGGCCGAGGCUGUGAUCUGGCAUCCUUUCCGCCAGCACAGCAUACCUCAUAACAUCAUCGCCAUCGACUCUGCUUACGGCGACCACUUCCAAGCCUACAACCAGGAAUCUGAUGACGCCCUGGCCUCGCCUACACCUUCGCAUUCAGGGUUGACACCACUCGCGGCACAUGCACCUCCCAAACCUUUGCUAACGCCUCUCUUCGACGCAUCAGCGUCAUGGUGGACUCAAGGUCUAGGCCAUGGCAACCCAGACAUCGCACUCACGGCAGCCCAUGCCGCCGGCCGCUACGGACACGUCAUGUUCGCACACGCGGUUCACGAACCCGCCCUAGACAUCUCGUACAAUCUGCUCUCGACUCUCCAAAACCCGCGUCUUAAUCGCGUCUUCUUCACCGACAAUGGUAGCACGGGUAUGGAGGUUGCUGUCAAGAUGGCCCUCCGCGCCUCGUCCCUACGCUACGGCUGGGCCAAAGACGAGGGAAGCGCGCCGGUAGCCAUUCUCGGUUUGAAGGGCAGCUACCACGGAGACACCAUCGGCGUGAUGAACUGCUCCGAACCUAAUGUCUACAACGAAAAGGUCGACUGGCACCAGCCAUGGGGCCACUGGUUUGAACCACCAUCCCUAAUAAUGCGGAAAGGGAAGUGGGAGCUCUCGAUCCCUGAAGAAGUGGCUGCCGUCGAAUUGACCCAGACAUUCGACUCUCUAGACUCAAUCUUUGACUUUGCCACGCGAAAGGACGAUGCAGCACGGUAUCAAGCACACAUUGAAGCUACGCUCACAAAUCUCGUGCGCGAUCAAGGCAAACGCUUUGGAGCCCUCAUCAUGGAACCACUUCUCAUGGGAGCAGGAGGCAUGAUAUUCGUCGACCCACUCUUCCAGCGCACAUUAAUCAGCACGGUCCGAUCCCGUCCAGAAUUGAUUGGCGAUCCGGUCGAGAACAGCACCAAUACCUCGAAGGCGGACUGGUCUGGCCUGCCUGUCAUCGCCGACGAGGUCUUCACCGGCCUCUACCGCCUCGGUCGGGCCAGCUCGUCGUCCUUCCUCUCUGACCCAGAAGACUUUGGAACCCCGUCGGCAUCUUCCUCAACUCAACCGCCUCUUCCCAGCUCUAUUGCUCCAGAUAUCUCCGUCCACGCCAAGCUCCUCACCGCCGGCCUUCUCCCACUCGCUCUGACCACAGCCAGCGAGUCCAUCUUCCAGACAUUCCUCUCUUCGUCCAAGGCAGACGCUUUGCUGCAUGGCCACAGCUACACGGCUCAUCCGAUCGGUUGUAUGGUCGCCAACAAGGCGCUAGACGAGUACAGACGUAUGGACAAUGACGGCACCUGGGAGAACAUGAAACGACCCUGGUCUCCGUCCACACUCAGUGUUUCGACCUCUUCGUCACCGGUCUAUUCCUUCUUCCCACCGACUCUCGUCACGACCUUGUCACACCACCCUCGUUUGACCGGUUGUUUCGCUCUUGGGACUGUGCUCGUGCUCAAAGUCGCUUCAGAGGGCGGCGGCUAUAACUCCAGCGCCACGGCGUCGUUGCAGGCUCGUCUACUCACCUUACUCAACUCCGAGGGCUGUGGUAUCCAUUCCCGCGUGUUGGGAGACAUCAUAUACUUCAUGACAAGUCUGACCACGACCCCUGAACAGGUUGAGAGAUUGAGCAAGACCAUUUUGCAAGCAUUGGACCAUGAGUGAAGGACUCUUAGCAACAAGGUACAUAGACCGGCAAGAAAAAAGCGUUCCGUGAGAAGAGGCGGCGAAGCCGCCGGCCUCGGUUUUAUAUCGUCACUGUCGAGUGGCAGUGGAAGGGGAGGAAGACGAACCUUCUCUGUAUCGUUUCAAAUUGACCAAAUGUCCCGUAGGACACAGGAAAUCGAGUAGAGUAGAAGUCGCGCCCUCGUCCUAAGAAAAGCUUGCGUAGGCGUGUGAAGCAGCCUACUUCGGAAGUCAC